GUAUCUAAAAGUGCUUCUAAACUAUAACCUUGAAAGCGUAACAAAAUCUAACGAUAUGAAGCUAUCUUUCUCGCCCAAGACUCGUCUCCCAACUUGCACGGAUGAAAGUCUGCCGACAACAAAACCCCCAUCUCCUCACUUCCUCUCACUUCAUCAAACCUGUCCGCAUCCACGGCACAUCCCCAAUGCUCAUUUUCUUCUUCGCACAUCUUCAGCACCGAAAUACGCCACUUCAUCCAUACCUCCCAGUCCUCGCCAAGAAACGCAUCCGUUUGCUCAAUCAUAAAAACCGGCCGCUCACGCAGCCACCACCAUCUUGUGCCAUUUCGCCAGCACAAACGCCAACGCAGCGUAGUAGUGUGCCAUGAUAACCAGCGCCUUCGGCUGAUUGCGAGUUUGCCAGGAUGACGAACUGUGGAAUUCUCACUCCAUGCCCGAAGCAUCAGGCGGCGGAGUUCUCACUCCGCACCAUGAGAAAUAGACUUGGGGGCAAACUCCGGUCAAGCGUACGGACUUGCUUACCCGCGACUAACUCAGAGGAGAGUUCUACAGUAUAUAGAGUAGCUAGAGUAGCUAGAUUAAAUGAAUAUGCAUUUUACUACUGAUCAAUUG